GGGGGGGGAGAGGAAGGAUGAGCAUGAGUAGACAAGACCAGUGAUGGUCAUGGUGCGAUACCAAGUGUAUCAGCGGCGCGAUCAUCACCAUCUACCAUCUGCCACCCCUCUCUGUGCUCCUCUGCCUUGGAUUGCUCCUCCACCCGCCACGCGAGCGACGCCUGUUGCUGUGCCGCGCUUCGACUCCCGCCUGCUUCUGGCCUCGUGCCCCCCCCUGAAUUUACCUUGCUCCUUCUUGGCCCGCUUCCCCUCGGUGCCACCACUUACGGGACCACCUCGUAUCCCCUUCCAUUACUCAUCCCUAGCGUCGCCCGGCCCCCUCCACAGCAUGGUUGGCACUCCAUCUAAAUCGCAGUCAUCCUCCCGCUCCGUCAGCGGACAGAGUGGCGCACCCAGCGACGACGGCGGAUACUUUGCCUCGGCACCUCAGGCCCCCUCCGUACCCAACAUCCCACCCCGCGUCGGCUCACCAUCCAAUGCAUCCGACUCACACGUCCACUCACGCUCUUCCUUCAGCAAUGCCCGUGAUGACGAUGACGACGAUGCUGGAGCAGCAGCGCAGAGGAGGGCCUGGAGGAGACAGAGAGAGGAAUUGGGACUCGCACGUCACCACUCCGACUCGCGACCCAGCUCCACCGCGCCCAUUGCUGACAGUGAAGUGGGCACACCAGCAAAUCCAGGCGAUCUGGAUGGGAUCCCCAUCUCAGACGAGCAGAAGGCUAGGAUCAUUGAUAGGCAUCUCGCAUUGCCAGACGCCUCUGGCAUCUCCCUUCCCGGCGUCAACGACGGUCAACGUCGUGGCGUGACAUUCAUGCACUCACCCGGUGGCGGUAGCAACGUAGAGACUCCCGACACCCAUGGCGAAGCGGAAGAGUACUUUGCCCCACAUCGCAUGCAGGGAGGCGCCGUCACCGAAGACAUCUACCGCUGGGCUCAUCAAAAUCGUAGGAAGACGGCUCGAAGGACUCGCUCGGAAAGCGUCAACUUGCCUCGGGCCAGCGUCAUCGAUCCCGACCUGGAUGUAGAGGGUAUCAAGCAGCCCGGAGGAUUCAGGCGGUACUUUAUGCUGAAUCGAGCAGAGCAGAAUGGCCAGCCUCCUCCCAGGGCGGUACGAAGCUUCGUCGACUUCUUGUCCCUCUAUGGUCACUUUGCCGGGGAAGAUCUAGACGACCUCGAACGAGACGAUGACGACGAGACGGAGGAUGAGGAAGACGUAGAGGAACAGUCCCCAGAGGCGACCACCAGCCGAGGCGCUACAGAAAGAUCGGCACUGCUACGUCGACCCAGUGCCAGGAGACGAGGCACCAGCACCCGUGGCGGUGACAAGCCCCGCGGUGAAGCUUCCGUGACAGAGGCAGUGAUGAUGUUGCUCAAGUCCUUUGUUGGUACUGGUAUCCUCUUCCUCGGCAAGGCGUUCCUCAACGGAGGACUGCUCUUCUCCAGUGUAGUCCUCUGCGCCGUGGCAAUGAUCUCCCUCUUCUCCUUCCUGCUAUUGGUCAAGGCCAAUCUCAAGGUCCCUGCAUCCUUCGGAGACAUGGGUGGCAUCCUCUACGGCCCCAAGAUGCGCAUUGCCAUCCUCACCUCGAUCGUCUUUUCGCAGCUGGGUUUCGUGGCUGCCUACACCGUCUUUGUAGCUCAGAACCUGCAAGCCUUUGUUCUCGGAGUCACACACUGCAAGACGGAGAUCCCCACGGUCUGGUUCAUUCUGGCCCAGUGUGCCAUCUUUGUGCCACUGUCUCUUGUCCGCCGAAUCGCCAAGCUUUCUUCGACGGCUCUGAUAGCCGAUGCCUUCAUUCUGUUUGGUAUCGUGUAUCUGUUCCAGUACGAGAUCAAGGAGCUGGCAGAGCAUGGCAUCGCAGAUGUGGUGCAGUUCAAUUCGCACAGCUUCCCUCUGUUCAUCGGAACAGCCGUCUUCACUUUCGAGGGUGUAGGACUGGUCAUCCCUAUCACUGAGAGCAUGAAGCAGCCCGAGCGCUUCCCCAAGGCUCUCAGCGGUGUCAUGGUCAUUGUCAUGAUCCUCUUCACUGUCUCGGGAGCUCUCAGCUACGGGGCCUUUGGUUCCAAGACACAGACGGUAGUGAUUACCAACCUGCCACAAGACUCCAAGUUUGUGCAAGCCAUGCUCUUCCUCUACUCGAUUGCUAUCCUGCUCUCCACCCCACUGCAGCUGUUCCCGGCUGUGAGUGUGCUGGAGCGAGGUCUCUUUGGCUCAAAGAAGGGCAAGUACAACUGGAAGAUCAAGCUAGAGAAGAAUCUCUUCCGCUCUUCCAUGGUACUCAUCUCCUGCCUCGCCGCCUGGGCUGGGUCGAGCUCAUUGGACGUCUUUGUCAGCUUCAUCGGAGCCGUCUUCUGCGUUCCGCUCUGCUUCAUCUUCCCCCCUCUGCUCUCGCUCAAGGCUAUGCCUGACCGGCCAUGGACGAGCAAGCUGCUGGACUAUGGAAUCUUCAUCUUUGGAUUGGGAGCAAUGGGCUUUGCGGGAAGUCAGAGUGUGCGGACCCUCUUCUUUGGUGCUGGGGGAGAGGGUGGGGGAGAUAUGCCCAUUUGCAGCCCGCCUGCUCGAUAGGUCGUCCGUAGCCUGGUGGAAGCGAGGGGACUCUUGAGUGAAGGUAUGACUGCAAGCAAGGAAGAGACAAGGAGUUGCACGACUGGGGACGUAGCUAAUGACAAAGAGCCAUGCUGUACUGCUUCCAUCCAAUCAAUUGGGACAUCUGAUCUUCACC